UGAACAAUCGACAAUCGACAAGUGUCCAAUGAUGGUCGCACGGUUUGUUUCCUAACCUCGCUGUCGCUGGAAAAUCUCCUCGCCGUAGCCGUAUGCGGCGUCUUCGUGAACCGCGUCGAAGAUCGAGACAUGACGAAUGUACACACGGUGAACAGUAUGAUCAGCAACAGGAACCGCGAUUGUCUCGAGUGCAGACUGCUGAGCGGCGGCGGCCUUGUCGCCGCCGGUUUAUACGUCUGUCAUCACUCCAAACAGUACCAGAAGCAAGUAGGAAAGGCAGCGAUGUACUCGGUCGCCUCUGUACUGGUACUCCUUGGUACAGCUAGGAUUUUGGAUUUGCCACCCUUCCAAGACAAAUUUAAGCGCAGCUGAGGAAUAACUUACUCAAAUCCACAGCAUUUUGCGUGUAGCGAUUGUACAUAAAGAACUAUGUGAGUCUAAUGUGAAAGUAAUGUGUAUAGUGUAUACCAAAUUACACUCUUCGCUUAGGGUCUUCACCCAUCAUCAGAUUUGUCUAUCGCAUCUCUCACAAAUAUGGUUAAGAGUAUUUUAAACAAUUUAGAUAUUGUGAUGUUUCCUGAGAAGCUUAUUGUACUAUCCCUUAAGAUUUUAUAUUAAAGAUUUAUUUUGUUUUAUAUAACCAUAUUAGAUAUCUCCCCUAAUUAGAAACGUUAUAAAUGUGAUUAAGACGAUUGGGAAGUCUUUCUAUUAUUAGGUAUAUAACAUUAUUAUAGUAUUUAUAUAAUAUUAUAAUGUAUAUUAUAAUAUACUAUAAUUAUAUAUAAAAGUAACGCUUCGCCUUGUAUUCCGAGGUCGUGAAAAUUAAAAGUUUUCACGGCGGGAAAUGUUAAAGGAAUUCCGCAUUUGAGAAGAGAGUAACCGCUCCGCAACGUUUUACAAAACAAGAUGUCCUUUAUUCCAGACUCCAAAAUGACAAGAAAGGCAAAUAAGAUGUGUCUAGUUUUGUAAAACGUUGCAGAGCGGUUACUCUCUUCUCAAAUGCGGAAUUCCUUUAACAUUUCCCGCCGUGAAAACUUUUAAUUUUCACGACCUCGGAAUGCGAGGCGAAGCGUUACUUAUAUAUGUAUUGUUUGCGCCCGUUCCGCGAAAUGCUGUCGAAGCUGGAUGCGGUGCGAAAACACAUCGGACGCGCGCGCAUUCGCAUAUUGCACGUGUUGCAAAAUGCGAAGGCGCGCGCGUGUGUGCAGCGCGGAGAGCGAGCCGUAAACGCUUUCGUGGUGCGCGCCCGCUCGUUAAUAUUCGCGCCGCGUUACUUCCUGUUACGUACUCGACGAUACACUUACAGGACGCGCCGGCCGUUGCGUAGCGAUAUGUAAACUUGCCUUAGUUGUCUUACCCGCUGCGCGAGUCCGCGGCGCGGAUCGAUCGCCUACGCGACCGAGGACGUAUCCCACGAUGUCGAAGUCGCGAGUAUUCGAAUAUGAACAUCGGACGCUUAAACUUAGAAGAAAUCUGAAAUCGCAAUUGUUUCCAUUUACAGAAAAAAAGAUUAAUUUUUUAAUAACACGCAGCGAUCGUUUCUCGGAAUAAUUUCAAUAAAUCUCGAAAAAUGAAUACCGGAAAAUCGAGGGUAAGUUAUUUAUUGAAAUUUAUUUUGUCUAAAGUGAGAUCUUUAAAUAAAAAAAUGGGACAGAAUAUUGUAUAUCGUUAUUGUAGUUAAAUGUCGAUGAGGUAAUAGCCUAGAUUACAUCCUAUUUUAUAAUAUGAUCGAUUCAGUGUCAGAAAUAGAAACAUGACAAUGAUAUGUUAAAAGAACAUUUUAAAAAGGUAUACGAUUGUUUGAAAUGACGAGCUAACGCAGUACCAUGCAUUUGCACGACCUGCGGCAGGUUGAUCGGCAGAUCAAUAGCAAAUCUGUAGAUUUCCUUAGAGAUAAAGGAUCGUAUCUCCAGUUUUUUGUCAAAAUGGAGUUAAUACACUUUUCAAUAUAACGGAAGCUUAAAUUGUAUAAUGGUAAAACGUUUUAUGUUUAUUAUUACUAAGAUACAAUAUUUAGAAAAAGUUGUAUUAAACAUUUUCAUAGUGUUUAAUUUUUAAACCAGGUACAGCGUGUUAUUGGUUGUACAUUAAACAUGUCAGUUAAGAUAUUUAUUAAUAAUAAUAAUUUAUUUAACUUCA